AUGGGUAAAGAAAAGAAGCGUAUAAGCAUUGUUAUUAUUGGUCAUGUGGAUUCGGGUAAAUCAACAUCAUCUGGUCAUUUGAUCUACAAAUGUGGUGGAAUCGAAAGACGUAUGAUUGAAAAAUUCGAAAAAGAAGCUGAUGAAAUUGGCAAAGGCUCAUUUAAAUAUGCUUGGGUUAUGGAUAAAGUGAAGGCGUCUCGAGAACGUGGUAUGACCGUGGAUAUCUCGUUAUGCAAAUUCGAAACUGAAGCAUCGGAUGUAACUAUUAUUGAUGCACCAGGUCAUCGAGAUUUCAUCAAGAAUAUGAUCACAGGUACAGCACAGGCUGAUUGUGCUGUUUUAGUUGUUUCGGCUAGCGUAGGUGAAUUUGAAGCUGGUAUCUCGAAAAAUGGUCAAACACGUGAACAUGCUUUACUUGCAUAUACAUUAGGUUUGAAACAAAUGAUCGUUGCUAUCAAUAAAAUGGAUAUGACAAAACCAUCAUUUUCGGAAGCACGAUUCAAUGAAAUCAAAACCGAGGUGUCAGCAUACAUCAAAAGGAUUGGCUAUCAACCGGAAAGUGUUGCUUUUGUUCCUAUCUCUGGAUGGCUAGGUGAUAAUAUGAUUGAACCAUCUGUAAAUAUGCCGUGGUAUAAAGGAUGGUCAGUUGAACGUAAAGAAGGCACUGCUACAGGCCAGACACUGUUGGAAGCUCUCGACGCUAUUGUGCCUCCACAUCGUCAAACAGACAAACCGCUUCGUCUACCAUUACAAGAUGUGUACAGAAUUGGUGGUAUUGGCACGGUACCUGUUGGUCGAGUUGAAACUGGCAUACUUAAGACUAACAUGAUUGUCAGCUUUGCUCCAUCGAAUGUGUCGGGCGACGUUCGAUCAAUCGAAAUGCAUCAUACUGAACUUGAUGAAGCUUUACCUGGCGAUAAUGUUGGUUUCAAUAUUCGAGGAGUCUCUGUAAAAGAGCUUCGACGUGGAUAUGUUUGUUCGGAUGCAAGAAAUGAUCCAGCACAAGAAACUUCUAGUUUUAUUGCUCAAGUUAUUGUGCUCAACCAUCCGGGCCAAAUAGCUCAAGGUUAUACACCUGUUCUUGACUGUCAUACAAGUCAUAUUGCGUGCAAAUUUGCUGAAUUGAUUUCAAAAAUCGAUCGUCGAUCCGGUAAAGUUAUUGAAGAAGCACCACAAUAUAUUAAAUCAGGUGAAGCUGCAAUAGUUAAACUAAUUCCAACAAGACCAAUGUGUGUUGAAAAAUUUGCUGACUAUCCACCAUUGGGUCGCUUUGCUGUGCGUGAUAUGCGACAAACAGUAGCUGUCGGUAUUAUUAAAGAUGUUGAAAGAAAACCCGCGGCAUCAGGCAAAGUAGCCAAAGUGGCUGUUACCUCUGGUAACAAGAACAACAAAAAAUAG